AUGGCAGCCUCUCCGAGCAACUGGCCAUUCGAUCUUACUGAGAUCAAGUCACCCGAUGGAUCCGUUGUCGCCAAAUUUGUCUCAUUCGGUUCGACACUGACGGAAUUGUGGGUGAAGGACAAGGCAGGAAAGCUCAGAGACGUGGUUUUGGGCUAUGACGAUAAUACUAAAUUGUUGACCGACCCGGGGCAUCCAGUGUUCAAUGCAGUCGUUGGAAGAUAUGCGGGUCGAAUUAACAACGGGACAUUCUCAAUUCCCAUUGCGAAAUCUCCUGACCCCGAUUCCCCAACGACAUAUCAUAUCCCGACUAAUGAUGCCAAUGGUCAGGUCAGUCGUUCCUGCGUUACUCUCCAUGGUGGCAUCAUCGGCUGGGACCGCAGAAACUGGACACUCGAGGCCAAGACAUCCACGAGCGUAACUUAUAAGCACGUCGACAACGGGGAUGAAGGCUUUCCGGGAGUUGUAACGACUCCGAUCAUGCUGACCCAGCAUAUCUACUGGAACUUGGAUGCCUUCCAGGACGGAACGAACGACUCUUUGGGCCAUGACCUUCGAGUUGACGCUUCUCGCGUCAUUGCGACCAACGAAAUCAACAUCCCGACCGGGAAGUUCAUAGACGUCACUAAGACGCCAUACGACUUCCGGAAGGAGACAAAAGUUGGUGCUCGAUGGAACGAGACCGUCGACCUCUGUGGUUCUGGAUGUCAAGGAUACAAUGCUGGGUGGGUAUUUGACAAUCCGCAGGAGAAGAGUCCGUUGGUUUCCCUUUCAAGCCAGAAAUCUGGAAUUCGGCUGGACAUUUCGACCAACCAGCCUGUCGUCAUGGUCUAUUCGGCCUGGUGGCUGAACACCCCCAGGAAGGAGAUCCAUGGCGGCCCUUCCCUUAAUUACGGAAAAUCCGCCGCUGUCGCACUUGAGCAGCAGGGCUACAUCGCCGCCAUCAACACGCCGGAAUGGGGUGUGGACCAGAUUUCGUUCAUUGUGAUCACCGCCUCUUUCCACGACCCCACUUGGACUAGGGAAGUGUGUCAUCGAUACAUUCUCUUUCCAGAGGCUCAGAAAGUGGUUUGUACCACUGUGAUUGGAGCCAUAUUCAUCACCCGCCUAUACGCCAUAUACUCGAGAAGCACUGGAAUUCUCGUUUUUGGUAUAUUGCUACUCAUAGGAGAGGUCGCCGUGAAAAUUUGGGCCUUCACGGAUGGUACAAGUGUUGACCUCCCUACAGGCCUCGUCGGAUGCAUCCUGGUUGGAAGAAGUCACAUCCGCUUCACAUUUACUUGGAUAGCGGAGCUCGUCUUCGACGCUGCCAUAUUUUCCAUGACAUUAUGUCGUGUGAUACUUCACAAUCGUUUGAGAAAGGGUAGUACGGCAUCUCUGCUCAACCUGAUUCUUCGUGAUGGCGUCAUUUAUUUUGCUGUCAUUUUUGCCGCCAACAUCGUGACUGUUGUUAUGUUUCUGGCUGCUCCUCCGAACAUCAAAGCCUUUAACGCGAGUUUCAGCACCCUGAUCACAAGUUUGAUGGUUUCGCGGAUGAUCCUCAAUCUUCGCACCGCUGGGAGUGUCUUCACCACGCAAGGGUGCAUCACUGGCCUCGAGACAUACAGCAACUAUCCUGCACGCUAUCAGUAUGAUACAGAUUUUGAGCCACCGCAUUUUGCCCUUCAGACUGACACUUCAGAGAUGACCAACAUGGUUGGCAGGGCUCUAUGA